UGCGCCGUGCGAUCGUUCGUACACGUACAACACGCACACGCUUAUCUUGCUCGUCCGUACGGUCUCGUAUUGGCGUGUCCCGAGUAUCGAGUUCACUCAACAUUUAUCAACCGCCGCGCGGCUUUUGAACGCCACUCGCAGUCGGAAGCCCGUUCACGCCGUCCGGCCGCCCGAAGAGGAGAUCACCACCGCCGCUGCGUGCGAGCCCACGGAAAACGACGCCCGUUUCCAUACGCCCCCGGCUCACGCGGGGGGGCGCGUAGUGCGUCCAGAAGGUUACGACUAUGUCGGGCGUCCGUUGGACGGGGUUGGAGACGUGCCGCUGUUGAACGGAAGUUCGCCGCCACCGCAGUCGUCGACCAAUCCGCAUACCGCAGACUACGGACGCCACCGCCCCGGGGGACAACACCAUGUUCAGCGGCUAGAGAAGUUUGCGCACGGCUCGAGACAUCCGCUUACCACCGACCAAGCGUACCAGACCUCCCGUACAUUCCGAACGCACGCCGACCCGGCCAACAUGUAGAACGAUGUCACCGUCUCCGAAGACCAUCGGCCGCAGGGUAGACGAUCGUCUGUUGUUCACUAGGGGUUGACAUUCACUCGCGAUCGUAGUGGACGAGUUAUAAAACGGAGGGAGAACACUCACACACACCUAUACAACGCGUUGAAAAAAGCGGACAGAGUGAGAGAGAAAGGUCAAAGAGCAGGAAGGAAGGCGGAAAACGAGAUGAAGAAGAACACGUGCGGCGGAAGUGGCGUAAUGCUGCUGAAGGCCGCCGUGUGGACGGCCGCGCUGAUCGCGGUAUGCCGAGUGCCGGGUGCCGAUUGCAGCGACGGUGUCUCGCUGUCGCCUCACAUGCACCACAACAUUGCGAUACUGCCCAGCGACGUGUACCCCGGGUUCGGCAUCAAACAGUUCACCAGCGACAACAAGUACGCGUACUUUCGGCUGCUGGAGACCGGCUUCUCACAGUUUUUCGCCGUACUCAAGGACGGGCUGCUUAUGACCACCACAGAUCUAAGCUUGCUGGUCAAGCGGCCGGUCAACCUGGUUGUUCUGGAGGAGUCGCCGAACACCACGUUCACGCACAACAUGCAGUUGUUCGUGCUGGAGAAGCGGGAGAUGCUGAGGUUCUCGGACGACGCGUACCCGGACGGCAGGGUGUCGGAGAACCGGGCCCCGGGAGCGCGCGUCAAGGGCGUGCCGGUGUUGCACGCGUUCGGCGAGGGUGUGGCCGGGUUGCCCAUACGGUACGCGAUAGUGGAUGGCAACGACGAUGGCGCGUUCACGCUGAAGACGGCCGAGAACAUCGCCGGCAACAUCACCAACAAGUCGUACUACAAGGGCGUGCACCUGGUCACCAAGCGGCCGCUGGACCGCGAACAGAAACCCGCGUACGACCUGAUCGUGCAGGCAGCCGACGGCAGCGGUAUCGACAAGGCGUACACCAAGAUCCACGUGGACGUGACCGACGAGAACGACAACAGCCCCGUGUUCGUGCAGGACCUGUACAAGAUAAACGUGGACGGGUUCAGCCUGGGCCUGGACAACGGCACGGUGGGCCCGGGACAGUAUUCAGUGGUGGGCCGCGUGGAGGCGACGGACGCGGACGGCGACCAUGUCGCGUACCGGCUGGCCUCGCCCAGCGCCGCAGUGGUCGUUGUGCCGCAGACCGGCCAGUUGCUCGUGUCCGACGACGUGCUCCGAUCCCGCGAGUAUUUCGAGUGCCAGCUGACCGUGGACGCGCACGACCUGCGCACGCCAUCCCGCGUCUCCGAGCAGCCGGCCCGCGUCUGGAUCCAGUACAACUUCGUCGUGCUGGACGACGACAUGCUCAUGCAGGACUUCAAUCUGUACGACGACGCGGCCGUGGCCGAUCACCGGGUGUACAAGAGACGCGUGACCCGCGCGGUCAGGCCCACCAAGCGCAUCGAGUUCACCGAGACCGACGGCGAACAGGAGGGCCGCAGCGUGUUCCCGCUCGAGAAGGAGACAGAGAAGGAGACGUUCAAGAUCCGAGACGAGAACCCGUGGGUGACGGUCGAGCCAAAUGGCGCCGUACGCGUCAAGAAGAAGUGGGACUACGAGGAGCUUGGUCCCGAGAAGACAAUCGACUUUUGGGUGACCAUCACGAACGCCGGCGUCGGAGGAGUGAAAUACACGGACAAUCAAAGAGUUAUCAUACAUGUGAAAGACGUUAAUGACGAGCCUCCUUAUUUCAUAAAUCGGCCGCUUCCAAUGCAAGCCGUGGUUCAACUGAACGCACCGCCAAACACGCCGAUUUUCACUCUUCAAGCACGCGAUCCGGACACCGAUCACAGCAUACACUACUUCAUCGUCAGGGAUAGAACCGGCGGAAGGUUUGAGGUGGACGAACGGUCGGGCGUGGUCCGGACCCGGGGCACGGAUCCGUUCCAGUUAGACAUGGAAUACGUUUUGUACGUAAAAGCCGAAGAUCAGAACGGUAGAAUGGACGAGCGUCGUUUCCAGUCGACGCCGGAAGAACGUCUGUCGAUCGUCGGCGGCAAAAGGGCUCCCCAGUUCUACAUGCAGUCGUACGAAGCAGAAAUACCGGAGAACCAAAGGAAAGACUCGGACAUCAUAUCGGUGAAAGCCAAAUCGUUUGCCGACCGAGAAAUACGUUACACGCUCAAAGCCCAAGGACAAGGUGCCGGGACGUUUAACAUCGGACCGACAUCUGGCAUCGUGAAACUGGCGAAGGAGUUGGAUUUCGAAGAUUUGAGACAGCCACAUGUUUAUUCACUGAUCGUCACCGCUACCGAGGAUUCAGGUGGAUUUUCAACAUCUGUCGAGCUCACCAUUCGCGUCACGGACGUGAACGACAACGCGCCUAAGUUCGAACUUCCCGACUACCAAGCGCACAACGUGGACGAAGACAUUCCGCUGGGCACGUCAAUACUGAAGGUGAAAGCGAUGGACGCGGAUUCCGGGGAGAACGCCGAGAUCGAGUACAACGUGAGCGACGAUCAUUUCGCGGUCGACGCUUCGGGCAUCGUGAACAACAACAAACAAUUGGACGCCGACAACAAUAACGCGUACUACGAGUUCGUGUUGACAGCCAAAGACAAAGGUGAACCUCCGAAAACGGGCACGGCCACCAUACGCAUCUACACGAAGAACAAAAACGACGAGGAACCGAAAUUCUCGCAACAGGUGUACACGCCGAACGUCGACGAGAACGCCGGUCCCAACACGCUCGUCACCACCGUGGUGGCGUCCGACAAAGACGGCGACAAUGUUAGGUUCGGAUUCGUCGGAAGCGGCACGUCGUCCGGCCAGUUCGUCAUCGAAGAGAUUACCGGUGUGAUACGUCUGCAUUCGAAAUCGAUAUCGCUCGAGAGGGACAAGUACGAGCUGAACGUCACCGCCGUGGACGACGGCGCUUGUUGUAUGAACGGCGCGGCUACCAUACACACCAGCACCGCGGUAGUGGUCGUGUUCAUCACCGACGUUAACGACAACAAACCGGUGUUCAGGGAAUGCGCCAAGUACAACCCCAAAGUCGAAGAGGGUGCACCUAACGGGAGUCCGGUGCUUAAGGUACACGCAACAGAUGAAGACAAAGGAGUUAAUGGACAAGUAAAAUACUCUAUUGUUCAACAACCCAAUCAAAAAGGCACAAAGUUUACUGUUGACGAAGAAACUGGAGAAGUAUCGACUAACAAGGUAUUUGACCGAGAAGGUGAUGAUGGUAAAUUCGUAUCCGUCACUAUCAAAGCUACUGAUCAAGGAGAUCCAUCGCUGGAAGGCGUUUGCUCGUUCACCGUUGAAAUAACCGACGUCAACGACAACCCUCCACUUUUCGAUCGUCAAAAAUACGUCGAAAACGUAAAACAAGACGCCAGUAUAGGUACAAACAUUUUGAGAGUGUCGGCUUCCGACGAAGAUGCAGAUAAUAACGGAGCGAUUGUAUACUCAUUGAGCGCUCCGUACCCAGGUGACGAUUUAGACUAUUUUGAAAUUCAACCGGAAUCUGGAUGGAUUGUUUUAAAGAAACCACUCGACCGCGAGACAUACAAGCUGGAAGCUACUGCCCAAGAUAAGGGAUACCCUCCUUUGUCUCGGAGUGUCGAGGUCCAGAUCGACGUGGUGGACCGAGCCAACAACCCACCGGUCUGGGACCACGUUGUGUACGGGCCCAUCUACAUAAAAGAAAACAAGCCGGUCGGGGCAAAAGUGGUAUCUAUUAAAGCCAGUUCGGGCAUCGAAGGAAAUCCAACAGUGUUCUACCGACUGAUGCCGGGAUCCACGGCCCAGACGAACAAGUUCCACACGUUCUACCUGCAACAGAGACCUGACAACGGUUUCACUUGGGCAGAUAUUAAGGUGAACCACCCGUUGGACUACGAGACGAUUAAAGAAUACAAUUUAACCAUCCGAGUGGAGAACAACGGAGCUCAACAACUCGCGUCCGAAGCGACCGUGUACAUCAUGCUGGAAGACGUGAACGACGAAAUACCGUUGUUCACCGAACGGGAACAGGAGACCGUUCUUGAAGGUGAACCGAUCGGCACCAAAGUCACGCAAGUCAACGCGAUCGACAAGGACGGCACGUUUCCGAACAACCGGGUGUACUACUACGUGGUGGAUUCUCCGCGUAAUGAGGGAAAAGACUAUUUCGAGAUUAACACGGAGACCGGUGAGGUCUUCACAAAAAUCGUUUUCGACCGAGAAAAGCAAGGCGCGUAUGCCCUGGAGGUGGAGGCCAGGGACGGAGCUCCGUCCGCCAGACCCAACAACGGUGACGCCCCGAACUCCGUGUCCAAGUUCAUACGUAUCGGUAUCGCGGACAAGAACGACAACCCGCCGUACUUCGACAAAGCGCUGUACGAAGCCGAGGUCGACGAGAACGAGGAUAUACAGCACACCGUGCUCACCGUGACGGCAAAGGAUCAUGACGAAUCGUCCAGAAUACGUUACGAGAUAACCGGAGGCAAUCUGGGUGGAGCGUUUGCCGUCAAAAACAUGACUGGUGCUAUUUAUGUAGCCGGACCGUUGGAUUACGAGACCAGAAAAAGGUACGAAUUGAUAUUGGCCGCUUCCGACAACUUCCAAGAUAGCAAAACGACCGUCGUUAUUCAUAUAAACGAUAAAAACGACAUGCCACCCGUGUUCAAUUCGCCAUUGUACGCCACUGAAAUGGAAGAAGAACUGGUUGGAGCCUAUCCACAUCAUUUAUUACAAGUAACGGCUACUGAUGGUGACAAAGAUCGUCCGCAAAACAUAGUUUAUUUCCUAACUGGACAAGGGAUUGAUCCCGAUAACCCAGCGAACAGUAAAUUCGAUAUAAACCGUACAUCUGGAGAAAUAUUUGUACUCAAGCCUUUGGAUAGAGAUCAACCUAAUGGUAGACCUCAAUGGAGAUUCACUGUGUUCGCUCAAGACGAAGGAGGUGAAGGUUUAGUUGGUUAUGCUGAUGUCCAAGUGAAUUUAAAAGACAUCAAUGACAAUGCACCAGUGUUUCCACAAGGCGUGUACUGGGGAAAUGUAACUGAAAACGGUACAGCCGGAAUGGUAGUGAUGACAAUGACAGCUGUAGACUAUGACGAUCCAGCUGAAGGUACUAACGCUAAAUUGAUUUAUUCGAUUGAAAAAAAUGUGAUCGAAGAAGAAACUGGUACUCCCAUAUUUGAAAUUGAAUCUGAUACCGGUGUUAUUAAAACCGCUGUGUGUUGUUUGGACCGAGAACGUACACCGGAUUAUUCUAUUCAAGUAGUUGCUAUGGAUGGCGGAGGCUUAAAAGGUACGGGUACUGCGUCAAUCCGAGUGAAAGAUAUCAACGAUAUGCCUCCGCAAUUCACAAAAGAAGAAUGGCUUACUGAGGUCGAUGAAACUGAUGGUUUUAAUUUCCCAGAAACGCCUAUUUUAACAGUAACGGUUCAUGACGAGGAUGAGACAAAUAAGUUCCAGUAUAAAGUUAUCGAAAAUAGCGGUUAUGGCGCAGAUAAAUUCACAAUGGUGAGAAAUAAUGAUGGCACUGGAUCCCUUAAGAUUGUUCAACCGUUAGAUUAUGAAGAUCAAUUACAAAGUAAUGGAUUCCGUUUUAGAAUCCAAGUUAACGAUAAGGGUGAGGACAACGAUCACGAUAAAUAUCACGUCGCAUAUUCUUGGGUUGUAGUCAAAUUACGCGAUAUAAAUGACAAUAAACCACAGUUUGAACGGCCGAACAUCGAAGUAUCUGUCUAUGAGAAUGUCGAAGUCGGCAAAAGCUUAGAAACGUUUAAGGCUACUGAUCCAGACCAAGGAGGAAAAAGCAAAGUGUCAUAUGCUAUCGAUCGCUUAUCUGAUCGACGUCGUCAAUUCCGUAUUAGCCAAGAAGGAACCGUUUCUAUUCAACGGCAAUUGGAUCGCGAAGAAACUCCUAGACAUCAGGUGAAAAUUUUGGCCAUCGAUGAUGGUGUCCCGCCCAAAACGGCAACGGCGACUCUCACAGUUAUUGUUCAGGAUAUUAACGACAAUGCUCCAAAACUUCUUCGAGAUUAUCGUCCAGUUUUACCCGAGCAUGUACCUGCAAGAAAAGUCGUUGAAGUCCUUGCCACCGAUGACGAUGAUCGCUCCAAAAGUAAUGGUCCACCGUUUACAUUUAGAAUGGAUCCAAAUGCGGACGAUGUGAUCAGAGCCUCGUUCAAAGUAGAACAUGAUCAAAAGGGUGCCAAUGGUGAUGGGAUGGCUGUCAUUUCAUCGCUCAGGUCGUUCGAUCGAGAACAACAAAAAGAAUAUCUUAUACCAAUUGUAAUCAAAGACUCUGGCAACCCAGCAAUGACGGGCACUAGUACAUUAACUGUGAUUAUUCGAGAUGUAAACGAUAACAAAAUGCAACCGGGAUCGAAAGAAAUAUUCGCUUAUAAUUAUAUGGGCCAAGCUCCAGAUACAGAAAUUGGCCGUGUAUACGUAUACGAUUUAGACGACUGGGAUUUACCAGACAAGAAGUUCUACUCAGACGGAACUGAACACCCUCGAUUUAAGUUAAACGACACCACUGGAAUGAUUAUGAUGCGUCACGGAACGAGAGAAGGCCAAUACCAUUUGCGUUUCAAGGUGUACGACCGCAAGCACACACAAACAGACAUCUCUGCUAAUGUCACCGUUACGGUUAAAGAAAUAUCACCCGAAGCAGUUCUAAACGCAGGAUCCAUACGUAUUGCUGGCAUAACUGACGAGGAUUUCAUUAGAAUUUGGAACUAUAGAACACAAAGCUUGGUCAGGAGUAAAGCUGAUAAAUUCAAAGAUAAAUUGGUAGACAUUCUGAAUACACCUAGGGAAAAUAUUGAUAUUUUCAGUGUUCAAUUGAAACAAAAGUACCCUCCAUUGACUGAUAUCAGAUUCUCUGCUCAUGGAUCACCUUAUUACAAGACUGUAAAACUCAAUGGCCUAGUAUUAAUGCACCGCGAAGAGAUUGAAAAAGACGUCGGAAUAAAUAUUACCAUGGUUGGCAUUGAUGAGUGCUUGUAUGAAUAUGUGAACUGCGAAGGAAGUUGUACGAACGUAUUCGAGAUAAACACACUUCCGUACAUGGUGAACGCCAAUAAAACCGCUCUAGUCGGAGUCAGGAUCGAUACUUACGCUGAAUGUACUUGUGGAGCUCGUAAUUUUACGAAAAUCGAAACAUGCCGAUCAAGUCCUUGUUUGAAUGGCGGCCGGUGCACAGACACUAGGAACGGUCCCACAUGUGAAUGUCCGGCUGGUUUCAAUGGACCGAGAUGUCAGCAAACAGCUAGGAGCUUCAAAGGAAGUGGUUGGGCCUGGUAUCCACCUUUAGAAAUGUGUGACAAUUCUCAUUUAAGUUUAGAGUUCGUCACUAGAAAAGCGGAUGGUCUCAUGCUGUAUAACGGACCUAUUGUACCACCAGAAUCCGAAGAAAUACUAAUAUCAGAUUUUAUAUCGAUCGAAUUGGACAGGGGUCAACCACGGUUACUCAUUGACUUUGGUUCUGGUACUUUGGAACUUAAAGUAAAAACGAAAAAGAGCCUGGACGAUGGCGAAUGGCAUAAAAUAGAUGUAUUUUGGGAUACAGAGAACAUCCGUCUGGUGGUAGACAACUGUCGUUCAGCCGAUAUUUCCGAACUCGAAGACGGUUCCCAUCCAGAAUUUGACGAUUCGUCGUGUCAAGCUCAAGGAACAAUUCCGGCAUUCAACGAGUAUCUAAACAUUAAUUCUCCGUUGCAAAUCGGUGGAAGAUAUGUACAAGAUUUCGACCCAACUCACUAUCAUUGGCAAUAUGCUCCGUACGGAAAAGGAUUUGACGGUUGCAUCAAAAACGUGUACCAUAACAGCAAGCUGUACGAUUUGGCGAACCCGGGUCUCACUAGAAAUAGCAUUGCCGGGUGUCCACAAACGGAAGAUCUGUGUAUGAAUUUAGUUGGUCACCGGUGCACGGAACACGGAUCGUGCGUCGGUAGUAUGGUAGAACCGCGUUGCGAAUGUAGCCCAGGUUGGUCUGGCGCUGAUUGCCUAACACCAACCAUACCUACCACAUUCCGCCCUCAGAGUUAUGUAAAAUACGCCCUGUCGUUUGACGCAGACAAGUUUAUGACAAAAAUCCAAUUGCGAUUUAGAACACGUGAAGAACACGGUGAACUGUUUAGAGUCAGUGACCAACACAAUAGAGAAUAUGCCAUUCUCGAGAUUAAAGACAGUAAACUUCAUUUCCGAUACAACUUGAAUAGUUUAAGGACCGAAGAGAAGGACGUAUGGCUAAGUGCUGUAACGGUUGAUGAUGGGAAAUGGCAUACAGCGAAAGUUUCGAGAUACGGUUCAUCCGCUAUUUUGGAACUUGACGGAGGUGAAGGAAAGCAUUACAAUGAAACUUACCGGUUUGAAGGACAUCAAUGGUUAAUGGUUGACAAACAAGAAGGAGUAUACGCUGGGGGAAAGGCUGAGUAUACUGGCGUUCGAACAUUUGAAGUCUACGGCGACUUCCAAAAAGGUUGUUUGGAUGACAUACGUUUGGAAGGAAGGUAUUUACCGCUGCCACCAGCGACCAACGGCACGCAAUGGGGCCAAGCGACAAUGGCCAGGAACGUAGAGAGGAACUGUCCGUCCAACAAACCUUGUGCCAAUGUCAUUUGUCAGGAACCGUUUGAAUGCGUCGACCUAUGGAAUUAUUACGACUGCACUUGCGGCGAAGGUCGUAUUAUGACACCGGACCGCAAAGGGUGCGUGGAUAAAAACGAAUGUCUGGAUAGUCCCUGCCGGAACGGAGGCGUCUGUUUAAAUCAAGAUCCCAGGAUUCGAUAUCGUUGUAUAUGCCCGGACGGGUUUUGGGGCGAAAACUGUGAACUGGUCCAAGAAGGUCAAAAACUAAAACUCGGCAUGGGUGCACUCGCGGCUAUAUUGGUCUGUCUGCUUAUCAUUCUCAUACUGGUAUUAAUGUUCGUCGUGUACAACCGUCGACGCGAAGCGCACAUCAAGUACCCCGGACCGGACGACGAUGUCAGGGAAAACAUAAUCAACUACGACGACGAGGGCGGCGGUGAGGACGACAUGACUGCGUUCGACAUAACGCCCCUGCAGAUACCUAUCGGAGGAUCGAUAAACAACAUUCAUCCACAGAAGUACAAAUAUCCCACAAUGCCGGUGGGGGUGGAACCCAACGUUGGUAUGUUCAUCGAAGACCAUAAGAAACGUGCGGACGGUGAUCCAAACGCUCCGCCAUUUGACGACCUACGGAAUUACGCAUACGAAGGGGGUGGCAGCACCGCAGGAUCGUUGUCAUCGCUAAAUACAGGUACCGAGGACGAUCACCAAGACUACGAGUAUUUGGUGUCCUGGGGCUCGCAUUUCGACAAACUGGCAGACAUGUAUAGCCGAGAUGGUGAACAUGAACUGGACGAAGAGCAGUAAAGAAUAAAAUACUAACAGUCGGCUAUGUAUAACAUAUUCACACACAUAUGUUACACGUACACAGGCUACAAUUGAACUGAAAAUCUAGUCAUGAUUAUUUUAUUAACCCACUAUAUUAGACGAUCUCAAAUCCCAUUUUGCUGCCAUUUAUGCUUUUACUGUGUUUUCCUUUAAUUAGUCAGUUUAUUUACUAUUCCCCAAAACAUGACCACAUCACAGAAUAAAUACUUGAGUUUUCUUUUUU